AUGCUCAUUCUGAAGAACAGAAUUCUGGUGACUUCUGCACCUGUCAAUAGCAGUGGAAUCACCACUUCUAGAGGGCCAACAGAAGAGCAGCAAGUCACAACAGAGAGUUAUGACGAUGUAAUCAUUGUUGGACUGAGACCUUGUGGUACAGAAGACUAUGAUGAUGUCAUCAUCGUAGGACAGUUCUCGGAUGAUAAAGCAGCUCGUGCUUAUCUCAGACUGUGUGGAAGGGACAGCUGCUGUUCCAGUGAGGUUUGCCAUAAUGCUGUCAUCAGUGACAGAAAGAUCGUGCGCUUAGUUGGUGGUCAAAGUCGCUGUGCUGGUCGAGUGGAAGUUUAUCAUGAUGAUCAGUGGGGAACAGUGUGUGGUGAUUUCUGGGAUAUGGCUGAUGCUGCAGUGGUGUGUAGAGAACUGGACUGUGGGGAACCUGUUGAUGCUUUGGAUGGUGCUCACUUUGGACCAGGAUCAGGACCAAUUUGGCUGGGUUAUGUCAUGUGUAGUGGAUCAGAGUCUACACUGAGGAACUGUGGGUCAUUGGGAUGGGGUAAAAGCAGAUGUAGUCAUGGUAAAGAGGCUGGAGUCAUCUGUUCAGAUGUCCGUCUAGUUGGAGGUUCUCGCUGCUCUGGAAGGUUGGAGAUUCGUCAUAAUCAGACGUGGAUGUCAGUGUGUGACGCUGCUUUUGACCAGCAGGAUGCAGAGGUUGUGUGUAGAGAGCUGGACUGUGGGGCUCCUGUACAGGUGCUGAGAGCUGCUGCUUUUGACAAAGUAGACGCUCAGAUGUGGACACAAGAGAUUCACUGCAGAGGAAAUGAGUCUCAGAUACACCUCUGCCCAACAUCAGCAUCAGUCAAAAGCAACUGUUCUCAUAAAUACAACAUUGAUUUACUGUGUUCUGACAUAAUAAAUGUGAGACUGGUAAAUGGCACUAGUCGCUGUGCUGGCACAGUAGAAGUUCUUCAUAGAGGUCAGUGGGGAACAGUGUGUGGUGCUGCCUGGGAUCUGGCUGAUGCUGCAGUGGUGUGUAGAGAACUGGACUGUGGAGAACCUGUAGAUGCUCUAUAUGUUGCCCGUUUCGAACCAGGAUCAGGACUAUUAUCAGUGAAAAAUGUUGGUUGUACUGGAUCUGAGUCCACUCUAAAGAAAUGUGGAUUAAUAGAGUCACCUGAUCUUCAUGUGUGUCUUGAUAAGAAUGCUCAUGUAAUUUGUUCAGAAGUCCGUCUGGUUGGAGGUUCUCGCUGCUCUGGGAGGUUAGAGAUCCUUCAUGAUCAGACAUGGAUGUCAGUGUGUGAUGCUGCCUUUGACCAGCAGGAUGCAGAGGUUGUGUGUAGAGAGCUGGACUGUGGGGCUCCUGUACAGGUGCUGAGAACUGCUGCUUUUGACAAAGGAGACACUCAGAUGUGGACACAAGAGAUUCACUGCAAAGGAAAUGAGUCUCAGGUACACCUCUGUCCAACAUCAUCGCCUGAAAACAGCUCUUCACAUGAAAAUUAUGUUGGCUUGGUGUGUACAGACCAUUCGAGAGUGAGGUUGGUUGGUGGUCACAGUCGCUGUGCUGGUAGAGUGGAAGUUUUUCAUAGAGGUCAGUGGGGAACAGUGUGUGAUUAUUUCUGGGAUAUGCUUGAUGCUGCAGUUGUGUGUAGAGAACUGGACUGUGGAGAACCUUUAGAUGCUUUGGAUGGUGCUUACUUUGGACAAGGGUCAGUACCAGUCUGGACAAAUAUCAUGGUAUGUACUGGAUCAGAGUCAACACUAAAGAACUGUGGAUCUCUAAUUUGGGGUUCUUAUGACUGUGAUUAUUCCAAAAAUGCUGGAGUCAAAUGCUCAGGAGCCAGACUUGUUGGAAACUCCAGUUGUUCAGGGAAAGUUGAGAUUCUUCAUAAUCAGACGUGGAUGUCAGUGUGUGACGCUGCCUUUGACCAGCAGGAUGCAGAGGUUGUGUGUAGAGAGCUGGACUGUGGGGCUCCUGUACAGGUGCUGAGAGCAGCUGCCGACAAUCGAGAUGCUCAGAUGUGGACACAAGAGAUUCACUGCAGAGGAAAUGAGUCUCAGAUUCACCUCUGUCCAACAACUUUUCAUAAAAACAACUGUUCGCAUAAUGAUGACCAGAGGCUAAUUUGUGGUGAGAAAAAAAGUAUUAAGCUGGUUGGUGGUCACAGUCCUUGUGCUGGUCGAGUGGAGGUUCUUCAUAGAGGUCAGUGGGGAACAGUGUGUGGUGUUGGUUGGGAUUUGGUGGAUGCUGCAGUGGUGUGUAGAGAACUGGACUGUGGAGAACCUGUAGAUGCUCUGGGUGAUGCUCACUUUGGACCAGGAUCAGGACAAAUCUGGAUGAAUUUUGUCAUGUGUACUGGAUCAGAGUCUACACUGAAGAACUGCGGGUCAAUAGGAUGGGGUCUACAUAGCUGUACUCAUAGCUUUGAUGCUGGUGUCAUCUGUUCGGGUCAUAAACCUUCCAGACUCGUUAAUGGAUUUAACCUGUGCUCUGGGAGGUUAGAGAUUCUUCAUGAUCAGACGUGGAUGUCAGUGUGUGAUGCUGCCUUUGACCAGCAGGAUGCAGAGGUUGUGUGUAGAGAGCUGGACUGUGGGGCUCCUGUACAGGUGCUGAGAGCUGCUGCUUUUGGUAAGGGAGAGGCUCAGAUGUGGACACAAGAGAUUCACUGCAGAGGAGAUGAGUCUCACUUUCAACUCUGUCCACCAUCACCACAAAAACACAACUGUACUAGUUACAACAAUGUUGGACUGGUUACACAAAAGCCAAGCUAA